AUGGACCCUGGUCGAAGACUCUCCCAUCGGUCAGAGGGGGUACUGGUUAGGUCCCCUUCAUCUCCACGCCCACGCUCCGCCUCAGAUGCCCAUGGGCGGCAGCGGAAGCUGCGAAAGGUGACCCGCGCAUGCGACAAUUGUCGGGCCAAGAAGAAAUCAUGCACUGGGACGAUCCCAUGCGGGCCCUGUGUUCGUCGCAAACUGGAGUGUACCUACAAUACUACAUAUCGACGCGGCGUUGCGGUGACUCCUCCCCCUUCCGACUCUCUACAGGGGCGGCAGGGCUUCAGCUCAAGGCCGGGGUUCAAUCCACGGCCAGCGCCAAGCGAUUCUCCAGUUCCAACUCCUCAACAGACGGCUGAUGAGACGAUAAGUGAAUCGACGACGCCGUAUGGACCGCCAGAGCAACGGGCCCCUGCAGACGUUGCCGAUCAGUACUGGGGUCCGACAUCCGCCCACUCAUUUCUAGGCUGGGCAGUGCGUGACCUUCCUGCUACUCCAUCGAACAAUGUAGUAGCAAAUGGGCGGGAGACAGAGCAUGUCCCCAAGGAGUCAAUCUUUCACUUCGGUGACCGGAUCGCUCCCGAGGUUCAACUGGCGGAUUUCCAAUGGCCGGACAGGGAAGAAGCAGAAGCCCUCACUCGCCGGUACUUCGACUUUGCUUGCCCGACGUACAGGACUUUGCACCAGCCGACGAUUGAAGGGGCGAUUCGUCAACUAUACGGAGAAAGCACAAGGUAUGACGGCCACAUCUCUCCGGAGUCGGCCGCUUCCCACGCGGUUCUUUUGAUGGUUUUCAGCACCGCUACCAUGUUCCGCUCUAAUGCAGACGGCCGCAUGUCGGACGCGGACGACCGGGGUUGGAGGACUAGCGAGCUCUACUUUGUCAAAGCUGAGCAGCUCUUAUCUCAAGAGGUGGGCACACCCAGGCUUGAAUCAGCCCAAGCGAGAUUUCUGAUGGUGCUCUACCUCUUGAGCUCUUCGCGUGCGAACAAGGCGUGGUUCGCACUGGGUACUGCUAUCCAGCUCAUGAUGGCACUCGGACUACAUAGCAGACGCUCCAGGAAAGAUACUGAUGUGGAUUUGGUACAACGGGAAUGUCGGCGUCGGAUCCUGUGGUGCUCAUACACGCUCGACAAGUACAUUAGCGUCAUCCUUGGGAGGCCCCGGUUGUGGCAUGAUGACGACGUUGACGAGGAGCUCCCUGCGAGAGUGAAUGACAUUGAUCUCUUGCCUACGACGAUCCAGCCUCCUAAACGGGACUGUGUGAUGGAUGCACCAGUUUUCCACGCUUUGCUAUCCCGGACCCUGUCUCAAGCUGCAAAAGAGCCCUAUGUUGUGGCUGGCAUAUCUCACCGGGACCAAUUAAAUACGAUUAGAGUCUUAUGCGACAGCGUCGCCGAAUGGCAUGCCGGAUUGCCACCUCUCCUGAGCGGGACUAUUCAUCCCAGCAGCCUCGUUCCAAUAUUUCAGCGCCAGCUUACAGUCCUGCAGUUAGCACGUUAUCAUAUUCUCAUGUUCAUCACUCGGCCACUGCUACUGCGAAACUACGGUCGGACAUGGCCGGACUGCGAAGCCAGCUACGUGCAUUAUCUCGGAGUCUGUCUAACGGCCGCUCGGGAUACUGUUGAAUUGGUCCUCAGCUUUGUCCGCGAAAACCAACUGUUCCACGCAUUCUGGUAUUCGCAGUAUAUUGCCUUCAACGCCCUCUCGAUCAUAUAUAUUUACCUUAUACAAGUGCGACGAGGCAGAAUCUACCCUGUAAGCGGCGGCACCGGCCACGAGAGACAUACAUCUCUCGAUGAAGCACCUCUUUACCAAUUAUCAGAAACCGCUCAACAUCACCUUGCCGACGCAACAUCCCGCAAUUCACCAUCAUGGAAGUAUAGCGCUAUUCUGCAAGGCCUCCGCCGGGAGCUAGAACGCCUGGGAUUGAGGUCACCCUACGCUGAAGCUUCGAGUGUACAGGCGGAACAGACUCGUAUUGCAACCGUGCCGUCGGCUCCGGAUGAGCAUUCCAUGCCUUUGGCUGCGACAAAUUACGACCAUGUCCGAAAUUCAGAGCACAUCGUCCCUGAAUCAUCCCUUGCGGAGCCGGAAAGAGAUCUCAUUCCGUUCCCUGGCAUGCCUCGCUCGGAAGACCAUUACUUUGCGGACCCUCGCACGGAGUACUUGUUUGAUAGCUUUGCGACGGAUAAGGACUUGAUGCUGGAUUUCUGGCCGCAGUUGGAUAGUCUGCCUAUAACUUAUAUGGGAUGA